CAGAGGUUCUUGACCCAUGUAAUAAUGGCGGUUCGAAUAUGUAUAUUUUUGAUAUUUUUCUCUGACUAUUUCUCGAUUUACUGCCGCGUUUCAGCAUACAAAAUUGUAAAAGUUGCAAACUACAACAUUUGGAAUGUUAUGUUCCAGUGGGAAACAAGAAAAUACUUCAUUGCGGAAAUGGUAAUUUUUCACGUUUUUUGAUAUAAUUUCAUAUCCGUCUCUUGACAUGAACAUUCAACCUUCACAUAUUUAUGUGUUUCCCGCUGUUUUGUUUAUUUUUUUGGUAAGGUUAUUCUUAUAAUCCCAGCGAAAAUAGUCAUUUGAAAGGUUAGGUGACUAUUUUUCUGGCUACAUUCAAUUUAAAAAAGAGAAACGAAUCAAAAGAGAACUAUUUUAAUCGAUUUUUAUAUUUAACAAAUUUUACAACAAAUUUAAUCAAAUUUAACGUUGCUAAAUUGACGAAAGUUUUCGAAAUUCAUAAAUAUUAGAGAUUAUUGAUGUUGAAAAAUCAAAUAUCGCGAGAUUCUUGCUCUUUUUCAAUCUUUAUAAAAUGUUUGUUGGUGUUAGUGGGUAGCUGAGCCAGGUCAACUCUACCUGUCGGUUAACCCGUGUCAAUACCCGUGUCCACAUGUUGGGAAGGGUUGAAAUUUGUUUUAUAUUGACAUCAACUUGAAAGUUUGUUUGGGUUGGUACUUUCACUCAAACAACCAUGUUGGAUUUGUUAGCUUUGUUUUCACAUUGUGAUAUACUGCUAUUCUGUCAAGGGCACUCAAGUUUGUAUUUAUUUUUAUUUUUGUUUUAUGGUUUGCAAUUUAUUAUUCCAGAUAAAUAAAAUUAACCCAGAUGUGAUUGGUUUCCAAGAAGUGAGGGCUGAUGCUAAGGAUGAAAGAAACCAGUUAACCGAGCUUCAAGAGUUAAUUCCACGGUACAAACACCUAGUUUAUCACCCUGUUGCCAUGGUUACACACCCAGCUGGUCAACAAGGCCCACCAGGGUGGGAACAGGAAGGCCUGGGACUACUCAGUAAACAUCCCAUAAUACUAAGUCACGUUGUGAACCUUACUAUUGGGAAAGGUGGUGUUGAUCGCAACAAGAGAGCUAUACUUCAUGCCCAAGUUGAUAUUGAUGGUGAUGAGCUGGAUAUAACAGUGCUUCACUUAUCCUACGAUAAAGCUCAGCAAUGCCAAAAUGCAGUGGAUGUCAUUAACUAUAUUGCAUCAAUGGGAAGUGAACGCUCUGUUUUACUGGGUGACUUCAAUGCAUACAAUGAUUUCCAUUGGCCUGUAAAUGGAAUAAUGAAAGGGUCUUUCGACAAGCAAGGCCCAUGCCACGCAUCCAGCCAUUUGGAUCCACAGGGAUUAAACCAAGGAUAUGGCUUUGUGGAUGCCUGGGUGACAGCAAAUGGGAACAGCAAGGGAUACACCUUCAGCAAUAUGGUGUGUUGUAGAAAGGUUUUUCUGCCAUGCUCUUGCAUAAAUGCUCUAAUCCUUUUUUUAGCAUUUAAUAAUGUACAUGAAAAAAAAAUUUUGCUUCUGAUUGGCUGAAUGCAAAGUUGUUACACUAAUGUAAAUUACAAAUAGCGCUCCCUUGCUUUCAAACUUGCCUGUCUUGUGCCCUAUCCAUUCCAAGAGCAUUUUGCAGAAAAAUUUUCCAUUGGUCUAUUUUGUCUGAACAUUAUCUGACCUUUUUAUAUAUAACCUUUUAACUCCCAAGAUCUCAUUAGUAAUUCUCCUUACUGUCUGCCAUACAGUUCUUGUGAUGUUAGUUUGGAGAAUUUGGUAUUGGAUCAACUCAAUCCCCUAAUUGAUAUUUUUUCUUAAUUCUCAUAACUUGUCUCCUUGAUUUUGUGUUGAUAUUGUAAGGAGAAAUUCUGUCUUGGUCAUUCAUGGGAGUUAAAGGGUCAACAGUAUCAUGUUGUUUUGGUUUCUUAACACUGAUCUCAAAGCUCUUGCUAAGGGCACAAGCUAAAGAUAAGCUUAUUUUCUUUCCAGCCAGAGCCCGGACUCAUUAGUCGGCCAGACAGGAUCCUUGUUUCUUUAACUGGACUUCAAGUUGUGUCUGCUGAGAUUCACGGAGAUGGAAAAAUCUACCAACAAAAGUACAGCUUGCAGAAUAAAUGGGAAAGGCUUAAGAAAGCAUACCUCGUGGCCAAAGAAACUGCAUAUGGUCCACGUUUUAAAUACACUUGUCAUCAGGACUGUGGCCCUCAUGGAUCAUGUCGGUGUGGUGUUUGUGUUAAAGGAGGAGAUACAAACAACUGCGAGUUGCCCUUCUGCUUUGAAUGCAAUGCCGAGCACUUUAACAACUUUAUCUUAAUUUUUGUGUUAUAUUCCACAACUUUGGUAUUUUUCCUGUACAUUCUCAUAAAAAUGUUGAUACAAAGAUGUUUUGCAAAGAUGAGAAGAGCGCAUGCCAGGGUCUUGUUUUUGUUGUCGAAUAGAACACUAGGAAUAGUUGUGGUUUGUUUAAUGGCUGCUCUUUACUUCAUCACAAUGACUUUGCUACAAGACACCUUGAAAACUGUUAAUGGAAGGAUUGCAGAAGAAAUGUUUCCUUCAGAUCAUAUGAUGGUCACUGCAAGCUUGAAGUUUACAUAUAGAUAGCACAAACUGAUAAUCAAAAUAAGUAACCAUGGUCCAUGGUCUUCCCAACUGAAUUUAAAUAAUGUAUUCAAAGAAACAAGUGACCAAUACUUAAAAUUUUUUAUUCUUGAGAAAAGAAAUUUACUUACCUUACAGCAUGGUUUGUACAGAGAGGGUAGCAAAGGAGGGGGGGUGGGGAGAGAAGUCCAGUUUCAUGCAAGAUUUUUAGGAAAAUGCAUGCAAUUGUGUACCGUAAACAAUACUUCAUGCCACAGAAAUUUGCAAGGGAAGACUUCGAAUCUCACUUUUCCUUGCCCUUUUAUGAAAUUUACACAUAACAUCCUUAUUGGGGGCUUAAGCAUGCCUUUGGACCCUUUGCCAACCUCUACAGAGAUGAUAUGUGCACUAACAGAAGUCUAUGAACAUUCUAUAUAUAUAUAAUUUACAGCCCU